CUCAUUGCUUGGCUCGCUUACUCGUUGCGUCGCUCGUCGUCGUUGAGUUUCGAAACGGUGCAAUGUUCCUCAGCGACUUACGCGUCGAGCAUUUGAAAAGCAAAUGUAACCAAAAAAAUGCAAAGAAAAUGUGUGAAAAUGUGUGAAAAUGUGAAUUAACUAUAAUCAACGAACAUUACUAACUAACAACAAUAAUAAAUACAAUAUAAAAAAAAAAAAACAACUAAAAAACUGCACACAGUCGUGUGCUAAGCAAAUACCAAAGAAAAAACGAGGAGGCGCCACCGACGAGGAGGAGGUGGAGGUGGAAGGAAUGUUUGACGUGCCGCCCAAGUGUCCAGCGCUGGCUAACAAAUUGAGCGGUCUAUUUGGCUGGCGCCACACCUACAAAGUGGCCGCCAAGCAUGAGGGCAUACCACAUGGCACCCUCCACAAAUCCUACUCUCUGACGCUGCCCAAGCGACCCCCAUCGCCGAGCUAUGCUUGCGUGAAGGAAGCGGAUUCGUGGGUGGCUGUUCACCAUCUGCAGACACAGUCGGGCAUAUUGGAUCCAGAUGAUUGUGUGCGCGAUGUGGCCGACGAUCGCGAACAGAUAUUGGCCCACUUUGAGGACUCGGGACCUGAUCCGGGCGUGCCGCAGGGCGGCGGCGAUGGCGCCUCAGGCAGCUCAUCGGUGGGCACCGGCUCGCCGGACAUCUUUCGUGAUCCCACAAACACAGAGGCGCCCACGCGUGAUCUUUCCACGCCGCAUAUUGAGGUGACCAGCACAACGUCCGGCCCAAUGGCCGGCCUGGGCGUCGGGCUAAUGGUGCGACGCAGCAGUGAUCCCAAUCUGCUUGCCUCCCUCAAGUCGGAGGGCGGCAACAAACGGUGGUCGGCGGCGGCGCCGCACUAUGCCGGCGGUGAUUCACCGGAACGCCUACUGCUGGACAAGGCUGGCGGUCAGUUGUCGCCCCAAUGGGAGGAGGAUGAUGACACUGCAGUGCAUCUCAAGGAGCAGCUGCAGCAGCAGCAACAGCAACAACACCAACAGCAACAGCAGCAGCAGCAGCAACAACAACAACAUCCACAACAUGCAACAACAGCGACGGGUGGUCAUCAGCCAUUUGCCCGCUCCGGUCGGCUAUCGAUGCAGUUCCUGGGCGAUGGCAACGGCUACAAGUGGAUCGAAGCGGCCGAGAAGCUGCAGCACCAGCAACACCAGCAGACGAUGCCCACAUCGCUGCCCAAUAGCGCCUACUCGAGCAAAUCGCUGCCGCGCGAAAGCAAACGGAAGGAGCCCCUGGGCCAGGCGUACGAGUCCAUACGCGAGAAGGAUGGCGAGAUGCUGCUGAUCAUCAACGAGUAUGGCAGCCCGUUGGGCCUAACUGCCAUGCCGGACAAGGAGCAUGGCGGCGGGUUGCUCGUCCAGCACGUGGAGCCCGGCAGUCGGGCCGAACGCGGCCGUUUGCGUCGCGAGGAUCGCAUCCUCGAGAUCAAUGGCCUCAAGCUGAUCGGGCUUAGCGAGUCACAGGUGCAGGAUCAGCUGCGACGCGCCCUCGAGUGCUCCGAGUUGAGGGUGCGCGUGCUGCGCGGCGAUCAGCAUCGUCGCUAUCAGCAGCAGCAGCAGCGACGCGACUCCAAAGUGGCCGAAAUGGUGGAAGUGGCAACCGUUUCGCCCACACGUAAACCGCAUGCGGCACCGGUGGGCACCUCGCUGCAGGUGGCCAAUACACGCAAACUGGGCCGCAAGAUCGAAAUUCUGCUUAAGAAGGGGCCCAAUGGGUUGGGCUUCUCGGUGACGACACGCGACAAUCCGGCGGGCGGGCAUUGUCCCAUUUACAUUAAGAACAUAUUGCCGCGCGGUGCCGCCAUUGAAGAUGGCCGCCUGAAGCCCGGCGAUCGUCUGCUCGAGGUCGAUGGCACGCCGAUGACCGGCAAGACCCAAACCGAUGUGGUCGCCAUAUUGCGUGGCAUGCCAGCCGGCGCCACAGUCCGCAUCGUCGUCUCCCGGCAACAGGAACUGGCCGAGCUGCCCGUUGGCGGUCCGCCGUCAUCCGAUCCACUGGAGGAGGUGGCACCUGUCGUUGCGGCUUCAGUUAACCCCCCGAUUCCAGUGCAAAAGUCGAGCAGCGCCCGCUCGCUCUUCCAGCAGCAGCAGAUGCAGCAGCAGGCACAGCUCAAUGAAUCUCAGCAUUUUAUUGAUGCGGGCAGCGAGUCAGCGGCUUCCAAUGACAGCCUGCCGCCGAGCAGCAGCAGCAGCAGCUGGCAUUCGCGAGAGGAGCUAACUUUGCACAUACCCGUCCACGAUACUGAGAAGGCCGGCCUGGGUGUCAGCGUGAAGGGCAAGACGUGCUCCAAUCUAAACGCAUCGACGGCCAGCGCCAGCAGCGCCAUGAAACACGACGGUGAUCUGGGCAUAUUUGUGAAGAAUGUCAUCCAUGGUGGCGCCGCAUCGCGCGACGGUCGCCUCCGCAUGAACGAUCAACUGUUGAGCGUCAAUGGGGUCUCGUUGCGCGGCCAGAAUAACGCCGAGGCCAUGGAGACGCUGCGUCGCGCCAUGGUCAAUAAUCCCGGCAAGCAUCCGGGCACCAUUACACUGCUAGUCGGACGCAAGAUCCUACGGUCGGCCAGCUCCAAUGAUAUACUGGAGCAUAGCCAUUGCCAUAUCAAUAGCAAUAGCAAUAACAAUAGCAAUAGCAAUAGCAACAGUAGCAGCAGCGGUAAUAUUAACAUCAACAGCAACAACUGCAGCAGCAACAACAACAACAGCAGCUCCAAUGCCAGCGACAAUUCUGGCGCCACAGUUAUUUAUUUGAGCCCGGAGAAGCGAGAACCGCGUGCCAAUGGCAAUGGACCAGGCAGCGCCAGCAGCGAUAUGAAUAGAUGGAGCAAUCCCGUUUUGGAUCGUCUAACCGGUGGCAUUUGCUCCACAAACUCAACGCAGCCAGCACAACAGCAACAGCAGCAGCAGCAGCAGCAACAGCAACAGCAACAACAGCAGCAACAAUCGCAGUCACAGUCACAAACACAGCAGCGUCGUUUGCCACCACCGCCGCUGGGGGGUGGUGGCCAAAAUGGGGCGUUGCGCAACGAGAGCUACUACAUGGCCACCAAUGAUAACUGGUCGCCGGCGCCGUUGCAAUUGCUCAAUGGCCAUGGCAACACGGCGCUGCUCAUCGAGGACGAUGCGGAGCCCUUGUCACCGACGCUGCCGGUGCGCGCACACGAUGCCCAGCACUGCAACACGAGUAGCGCGAACACAUCGCUGACGAGCGCCGCCGGCAUAGGGCAGAGCGGAGUGGGUGGCACUGGAACAACGGGCGCCGGUGUGGCCAAUUUCGAUGCCACAUACUCGUCCCAGCUGAGCCUGGAGACGAACAAUUCGGGCGUGGAGCAUUUCUCCCGAGAUGCGCUCGGUCGGCGCAGCAUCUCGGAGAAGCAUCACGCGGCGCUGGAUGCCCGCGAGACGGGCACCUAUCAGCGCAACAAGAAGUUGCGCGAGGAGCGCGAACGCGAACGCCGCAUUCAGCUAACCAAAUCGGCCGUCUAUGGCGGCUCCAUCGAAUCGCUGACGGCCCACAUUGCCAGCGCCAAUGCCCAAAUGGCGGCAGCAGCAGCGGCAGCAGGCUACAAGCACGCCAAGACCAGUUCGCAUAUCGAGCAGCGUGCGCAGCAGCAGCAGCUCCUGUUGGCCGCCGAGGCGGAGGCGCGCGAUCAGCUGGGCGAUUUGGGACCGUCGCUGGGCUUGAAGAAGUCCUCGUCGCUGGAGUCGCUGCAAACAAUGGUCCAGGAGCUCCAAAUGUCCGAUGAACCGCGCGGCCAUCAUGCGUUGCGUGCACCACGCGGACGUGGACGCGAGGACAGCCUGCGUGCUGCCGUCGUCAGCGAGCCGGAUGCCAACAAGCCGCGCAAGACCUGGCUGCUGGAGGAGGGCGAUCACGAAGGCGGCUUCGCCUCGCAGCGCAAUGGACCCUUCCAGAGCUCCCUGAACGAUGGCAAACAUGGCAGCAAGUCGCGCGCCAAGAAGCCGAGCAUAUUGCGCGGCAUUGGACACAUGUUUCGCUUUGGCAAGAAUCGCAAGGAUGGCGUUGUGCCCGUUGAUGGCUAUGCCACAUCCUCGAUUGUGUCAUCAACGCCAGCAAACUCAUCGCAGUCGCAGCAGCAAACACAGCAGUUGCAACAGCAGCAGCAGCAGCAACAGCAGCAGCAGCAACAGCAAAUUCCAGCCGCUGCACUGGCAGCAUUGGAACGGAACGGCAAACCGCCAGCGUAUCAGCCACCGCCGCCGCUACCAGCGCCAAAUUCAGCUGGCGGUGGCGGUGGCAGUACACUUAAUGGUGGCAUACAUCAGAAUGAUAUAUUCAAUCAUCGCUAUCAGCAUUAUGCCAACUAUGAAGAUCUGCAUCAGCAUCAGAUUAGCGACGGCGUUGAAGAGACGCUCUCCGAGUCGACGCUCGAAUGCAUGCGACAGCAGGUGAUCAGGCAGCGCAUCAAGGUCGAGGCCGAAAGUCGCCGCCAUCAGCAUUACCAUUCGCAGCGCAGCGCUCGCUCGCAGGAUAUCAGUAUGCAUUCCUCCUCACACAGUCCACAGCAGCCGCCACUGCCACUGGCCCCCGCCGCAGCAGCUGUGCACCAGCAGUCAUGCAAUGGCAUGCGACCCAUGAGCAGCUACUAUGAGUACGAUACGGUGCAGCAGCAACAGCAACAGCAGCAGCAGCAGCGCGUUGGCAGCAUCAAGCACAGCCAUAGUCAUGGACAUGGACAUGGACUGGGCCAUCACAAUGGCAACUCGUCGUCGCCGAUUAGCGUGAAUGUGGCACAGCCGCACUGGAAGGCAGCGGCGCUCAACGGUUACUCGCCGGCAUCAUUGAACAGCAGUGCACGGAGCCGCGGCCCGUUUGUUACACAGGUGACCAUUCGCGAGCAGACCGGUAUGCCGCAGCUGCAAUCGCAGACACAGCAGCCCACAUAUCAGACGGUGCAGAAGAUGUCGACAGCAGCGCAGCCGCAAUCGCAAUAUGGCAGCGCCGCCGGCGCACAGCCGCAUGCAUCCAAGGUGUGACUAUAGGUGCUGGCGCGUGCGCGCGCCACACGCGACGUCCUCGUAGAUAGCCAGCACAGUCGCCACACAGAGCUGAGCGAGGUGGAGGUCUUCUACUAUGCCACUGAGUGCUGAACUUGGGGACGGAUCGCAUUUGUGAGACGCAAGCGGCCGGCAAAGCAAUCAAUCAACUGGCAACCAGUUUGUUUAUUCUUUUCUUCAUUUUUUCUUGCUAAGAAACUAAAAUAAAAUGGAAUAAUUGUUUAUCAUUUGACAAGGGCAACUGUGUCCACACACAAUACACACACACACACAACACACACACACACACAACACACACACACACACAACACACACACACACACACAACACACACAUAUAUGCUUAUAGUUAAGUCCAUUAAAUAAAAUACAUAAAACAAUGAAAGUAUUCCAUGGAAAGCGCAUAUUGAAGAGCAGAACAACAAAAAUGCUGCUCUUCUCAAUUCAAAUAUAAAAUGUUCAAUUGAAUAGCGAAAGCGAAAACGAAAGCGAAAAAACCAAUGCACUGCGCUUAAAUUAAGUUACACUUAUUGUAUUAAUCGCUAAGUCUAAGUCAAAGACCAUGUAAAUAACAAUUACAUUUAGUGUUUAGGCAAACGAUGUGAAGCGCAGAGGCGUAGAAAGGCAAAAGAGAAACGAAAUAUUAUUUCAUACAAAGCAUACUUACUUUACUUAAAUAUGGGCUGCAUUCAAGUCUCAAACAAAGGAAUACAUAUAACGAGAUAUUUGUGAAAAUGUUAUUUAACCUAAAACCAAAAUAAAUCGAUUUAUUUUAUAUAAAAGCAAAUCACUUCAAAUUGUAUUAGGCGCUUCAACCAAGCCAAAAUCAUGUUGUAAAUAUAUAGCAGACAUAUACAUAUAGACAUAAUACAUAUAUUUACCUAUAUAUUAUUUAUAUAAAAAAACUAUUCUUUUUUUUUUUGUUUGUUUGUUUAGCUUUAAAGCAGGCGCCAUUUUGUAUGCAAAAAUAAAAGUUGAAAAGUAAAACUUGAGAGUCCCAAUAAAUUUUUGUUUGAAAAUAAUACACGAAACAUGUAAUCUUUCUAUAAGCUUAACUUAUAUUUAAACAUUAAUUAUUAUGUAUUAGCAUAUUAAGUGAACAUUGUGCAGCUAAAACUGAACGUUUAUCAAGACAACUUCAAAUUACAUCGUAUAUAAAUACAUAAUCCAUACACAUACGCUACAUAUUGUAAAUUUUGUGUAUUUUGUAUAUUGCAAAAUUCUGUUGCGAAAUAAAUAUUUUAAGUUUCUAUAUA